GGGUGAAAGAUGAACAAAAGGUUAUUAUUGGCCCAUUAGUUUCGUCCGCCACCCAACAGUGGACUAACAUAUGCGUUAUUACAAAGUCCUAUUCAGACAAUUCGUCUUUUCUUCGCUCACGCUUUAUGUCCGCUCGUGCUCACCCACAUUUUACAAGAUAAUGCCGAAGUAUAUCCAUCUGGUUGCGAUUUGGUUGUUCAUCCUUGCCUUCCAACUUUUCCAGAAGCCAAUUACGUCCACGCACAUGUGCCGCUAUAAAAGAUAUAAAGAGGUAAUUUCGGUGAAAGAUGGUUACAACUGCAGGAAAACGAGGGUAAAACUGGGUAUGUGUGUUGGAACGUGUGAGUCGUACGCAAUCCCACUUCCCAUCGAGCGAGAAGAUAGCCAGCCGAGAUUUAAAACUUCAUGCCAGUGCUGUACACCGAAAGAUAUUAAAGAGAAAACUGUGAAAUUUGGCGAAGGAUGUGAGAAAUCCAUAGUGGUUUCCCAGAUUCGCUCGUGUGAGUGCAAAAACUGCUCUCGACGUGAUCUUUGAGGACAGAGGUGGAAAUGGCAUCAGCGCGUGGGUAAGGUAACGCUAUAGACCUGUACAUCAUUCUAAAAGUCAGGAGCCAAUCAUUGAAGUGAACCUCAGUAAAACUACCACGAUUGCAGUACAGUGACAAAGGCGAAAUGUAUCAUCAAGGCGUUUAUUGUAAAAAUUAAUUACUUUCGUGAUAAAAACAAACGUCAUGUUAACGAGAUUGAUCUGAAUAUGCUAGCUUUUAAGUCGAUCACACGAAAAUUAAUGAAGUUAUUUUCUGCUUCCUCAGCAUGCGGAGGAACACUUUUGUUUCAAAAAUUAAUUGUAGAGUUUGGCCACAAUCCACCGCGAAACAUCCUUCGAGAGGUUGACAAAAGAGACUUUUGUUGAAUAUUAUUGACUGGAAUCCAAAUGCUUAUUAAGGAGACUAGGAAAGGAAGUUCGCCGGAGGCAACGGGGCAUAAUGAACUAUUGUUUGUGUAUUUCGCACCUGGCUGAGCCCAGUGUAAAAAAAAACAGCCAAAGAAAAUGCUGUAGGCAAGAAAUAUUGAUGUACCGUUCUCAUUUAAUCGAAAGAAACCACAAUCUUAUUGUGUAAAUAGCAAGUAAAUUUAUUACGUUGUAUUUCUCGUUUGCAGCUUUUUGUUAUCGUUAGUGACUAAGAGUAGUGUUACCCUUCUUGUUCUCUUGCCUACCAAACUACAGGGGGCAAGAGUUUGUAGUUAACCUUUAAAUUAAUGAAGAAAAAAGAAAACAACUUCAACGAAAAAUUACCUACAUUAUAUUGGUUUUCUAACUUUUCUCUAUAGUAUCGCAGGUGUUAGGUGAUGAUAACAAUGAUAAUGAAAAUUAUAUAAUGAUAAUGAUAAUAAUGAUAGUUUUCCGCUGUCAUAUCGCCUAAUUUAACCACCGACUCCCCACCCCUUAAAAAAAACGCUUUUUUAAUUGCGAUGUAAUGUUCUAUCUGUCAUUCUCCCGCUGUCUUAUAUCAAACCAUCAUUAAUACACAAGCAUUGUUUAA